AUGUUAUUAUAUUAUCAUCAAGCCAAUUUGAAUCAUCAAGAGUUUUCAAAUUUGAUAAACGCACAAUUGAAUCAUGAUAACUUACAAAUUACAAUAAAUAUGUCAAUACAAUAUAGUCAAACGAAUCUUAUUAUUCCUGAACUUGAUAAUGAUCCAGCUAUUUUGAAAAUUAUUCAUGAUGGCGAAAAAUUAGAACGGGAAACCUGUCGUAGGGAAUUAAUGCAACUAUUAAAAAUUCAACCACCGGUUACAUCCGAUUUGGAUCAAUCGAUAUCUCACACUACGAACAGUUCCGUUAAUAAUCAAGAAAGUAUUCCAACGUCACCAGGUAGUACAACAGAUAUGGAUCGUUCAAGUCAAAUAUGGAUCAAACGAACAGUACCAAUAACACCAAAUUCAGGUUCAUAUCGUCGACAACACUAUCGUUCAACACUUCAUCAGCAUUCAUUGAAUAGUAGUGGUGACAGUUUAACAAAUCGCAGUUCAAAUGAUAGUCCAAAAAGUAGUAAUCAUAGUUAUAUGAAGCAAACACGAUCCGAUACAAAUUUAUCAUCAUCAUCACCAAUAUCAAUCAAUAAUAGAGCAAAGAGUAAUAUAUCAUUAACACCUUCGGGGGUUCUUGUAACCGAUUAUAGACAAACAACGACAAUGAAACGUAUCGUAAAUCCGCAAUGGAAUAUCAUUCCUUUUGCAUAG